AUGCCCGCGCGCGCCUCGACGUCGGCGGCGUCCAUCGCGCCGCGCGUCGGCGCGUCACGGACGCGUCAAGGACGAUGCGCUCAUUCGUCGACGCGUGUCCCUCGUUCGUCGGCGGUGGCGUCCGCGGGAGGAGGCGCGGUCGUGGUACUCGGCACCGAUGAGGCCGACAUGAGGGUGACCGCGCAGGCGGUGCGCGACGCCAUGCCGUCGUGCCUCCUACUCUGCGUGCUCCACGACGACCGCGACGGCCUGACCCGCGGCGGCGUGGAGCACGCGCUGGAACUGGGCCCGUGGGAGGGAUGCUACCGCCUGGUGGGCGCGUCCGGGGAGGACGCCGCCGUCGUCGCCACCGACCCCACCGAAGGACUAGCAAGAUCCCUCGGACUCGUCCCGGUGCUGUGCGUCGUGGGAGUCGCCAGGGAGACGUGCCUGGGCGAGGACGCCAACGGGGCGAGGACCACAAGGGCGGCGCGCAGGGCCGCCGUCGCCGGCGUGCCCACGAUCGCCGUGUCCGUCCCGACCCGAUCGCCCGACGCGCCCGCGGCGCCCGCGGCGUCGGCCCUCGCUCGACUCCUUCGCGCAGUCGCGCGAGUCGUCCGAACAGACGCCCCGGCCAACUGCCCGCGGUCGCACUUCCCCUUCCCCACGCGCGGCAGGUGGUCCGCGGUGGGUACCGACCAGCUCCCGCUCGACGCCGCCCUCGCCGCGCAGCUGUUCGCGCGCGACGUCGGCGACUUCGCCGCCGAGGACUGCUGGUCGCUCGGGGGCCCUCUACACGCCGCGGCACACGCGCAAACGCCAAACGCAAACGGAGGGGAGGUUGGAAACGCGCCGACCCGGCUCACGCCCGCGGAGGCGAGGGAGGUGCUGAGGGACGCGUUCCGCGAGGGCGACGUGUUCCUCUCGGUGUCCGUGCCGCCGCGGUGGGACGUGGAGGCGGGGGGGAGGUUCGCGGCGGCCAGGCCGGGCGUGCUCUGGCGGCAACAGACGGCGCGCGCGGCGUAUCCAAACGAGCACGACGGGGGCGACGGAAUCGACGGAAUCGACGGGGGGUCGUCCACGUCGAGGGACCUGUGGGGACGCACGCUGCCGGUCCAAUCGCUGGGCGACGCGCGCGCGGGCGAGGCUGGGGCGAGGUUCGUGCGUCAGCUCGCGACGGAGGCGGCGGUGAACGGACGAUCGGAGGCGGCUUCGACGUCAACCUCGGAGCGUCGUCGUCGUUCGCCGCCGCGGGGGUUCCGCAUCGGUCCCGGGACGGUCGUCGCGGACGACAGCGCCGGGGGCGACGUGGACGUCGUCAUGGGUAACAAGGCGGCGGUGUGCGCCGCGCAGACGUGGCCGCACGGACACGCGUUUUCCCUCCUCGACCACGUCGCCGCCGAGGCGCUUCGAGAGGACCCGGGCACCGGCUUGCCCCUGUGGCUGUGCGAGUGA